UUCCUGGAAAACGGCGAAAAUCAAGCGUGUGUGACUUGUUUUGUUUAUUUGGAUGUCAAGUAAAUAAAGCGAAAAGUCAUAUUGCAAAUCUCACAGAAACAGUCUACAAAUUUUCUAUUUCUAUCGCAGAAAAAACGGACCCAUGAGAGAAGUCUUCGAAAACCACAGCAAACCUCAAAUACGCUUUCCACUCAAGGUUGUUUUCUCUUCUAAGAACCAAAUCAACAUGGAGGACUUAGCUGUGGAAGUAUGCGGCGAAAACGGCGCUCUAUAUAAGGGCUUUGUAAUAGACGUUUUCGACGAUGAAGUACUUAUACACUUUGAGGACGACUGGCAGCCGGAUUCGAAAUUCCCUUAUUCCCAGGUUAAAUUGCCCCCUAAGCCGGAUCCAAAGGUAGAAUUUACGGAGAACAUGGAAGUCGAGGUUUAUUCUAGAUCUAAUAAUCAAGAGGCUUACGGAUGGUGGAAAUCUAGGAUAAAGAUGAUGAAAGGCGACUUCUAUGUACUGGAGUAUGUAGGCUGGGAAACUACGUACACUGAAAUAGUUAGCAUUGAUCGCCUUAGGGCCAAAAACGCGAAUCCUCCAAUUGACAAAAGUAUGUUCUACAAAUUUGAAAUUCAAGUUCCUGAUGAUGUUCGUGAAUACGCUAAGAUAGAAAAUGCUCACAAAGAGUUUCAAAAAGCAAUAGGCGCCGGCUGCAUUACGUACAAUGCAGAAAAGAAUGUACUUGUAGUGAUAUCGCGAAGCAUGGGGAGCAGUCGGUGCGCCAGUUUACUGCAAGACAUGCAUUUUAGAAGUCUUUCACAAAAAGUGCUCUUAUUAAAACGUACAGAAGAAGCUGCCCGUCAACUGGAGAGUACCAAAUUGGCGACGAUCGGAGGGUAUUCGGACGAGUUUAUCGUUAGAGAAGACUUGAUGGGUCUGGCGAUCGGCGCGCACGGCGCCAACAUCCAGCAGGCCAGGAAAGUGGACGGCAUCACCAAUAUCGAAUUGGAGGAGAACUCGUGCACAUUUAAAAUUUAUGGUGAGACUGAUGAGGCUGUGAAAAAGGCGAGAUCCAUGUUAGAAUAUAGCGAGGAAUCGUUGCAGGUGCCUCGCGCACUCGUCGGCAAGGUGAUCGGUCGCAACGGGAAAAUUAUACAGGAGAUCGUCGACAAAAGUGGAGUGGUGCGGGUGAAAAUCGAAGGGGACAACGAGCCCCAACCGACCAUACCGAGGGAAGAGGGCCAGGUGCCUUUUGUGUUCGUCGGUACCGUCGAGAGCAUAUCCAAUGCUAAGGUGCUGUUGCAGUACCAUCUUGCUCAUCUAAAGGAAGUGGAACAGCUUAGACAGGAGAAACUGGAGAUCGACCAGCAGUUGCGCAGCAUCCACGGCUCCGGCUUGGGUUCGAUGCAGAGCCUGUCGAUGGGCCGUCGCAACGAUCGCGGCUACAAUUCGGACGCGGACGGCGGCCGUUCGGGCAGAGGCGGCUCGAUGCGCGGCCGCGGCGGUCGAGGCCGAGGCGGCAGGGGCGGCGGCGGCGGCGAUAGAUACAAUUCCGGUUCGAGACACCAAACGCCCGACACGGCGGAGGAUCGAGUGCACGAUUUGCCGCCGCGCUACUACGGCAACGCGACUAGAGGCGGCAGAGGCGGCGGCCCGCGCAGGGAGAACCGUCGCGACGAUCGAAGGCGCACCACCGACGACGAGGACACCGUCUUGGACAGUCACGACGUAUCCAGCGUCGAUCGAGGACACGUGUGUGUAAAUGACUCCUCCGUAGAGUCGGAAUCUAGCGCGGAGGUUUCGGUGCCGAACGAGUCGCUGCGCAGACGUAGACGUCGCGGGAGACAACGCAGUCGUACGCCCUCGCUGCAGGUUACUGACGCAGUAAACAAUCAUAACGAUGCCGCCACCCACAACAACGAUAGCGCUCAUCUCGAUGGCAUUUCGAAAGCGAGAGAGGCGAAGGGGCGUCCGAAUAGGGCGCCGACGGCGCGUCGAAACGACCCCAAACCGAAGGAAGCCAUGGUAAACGGUACAACUACAUAGAAUUGUGCAUUCGUGCUGCGUUGCUUAAAAGAAUAUUUUACUCCGGUCCGAUGACGUAGACGUUAUCUGAACGAUGACGACGACUACGACGAUGAUGAUGAUGAUGAUGAUGAUUCUCGACGCCGCAAUGCAGAGGGAGCGCCGUGAGAGUUUCGUUCAAAUAACGGAAACUUCAUUCAGACCGGGGUGUUUGUGCGCUCUAGAGACUAUUCUAAAUGGACUUUAAUUUUUUCGUUGUUUUUUUAUUUGUUAAUUUUUGCGUUGCAUAUCUUUUCCCGGUGUAGUCAUGAAUUUAAAAAAAAUAUAUGCGCGGGUGGUCUGCUGCCCCAUCUCGGAUGAGACCUGAGAGACUGCUCGGUUCUGUGAACCUUUUAUCCCCGUUCCUCUCUCUCCCUAAUACCCCCAUCUCCCCCUUCCGCAUCCUUGUUGCUUAAGACUGUAAUUUAAUAAAAAAAAGUUCAGUGACGUCUGUGAAGCUAAAAGUGUGAUGAACAUCUAAAUAAUAAUAAAUUUGUAAAACCUGGAAGAUUUGUGACAAUUUUUCUAAUUUUCAUACAUUGAAUAUUACUUAUUAGCGCACAUAAAACAUUGUAAUGUUGGUAAGUUUACGUUUUGUGGAAUAAAAUGAGGAAAUUAGAGAGUAUUAGAUGUUUUGUUUUCGGGAAGUUCAAAAAUAGUUGUAGUAUUAUUUAUUUUUAAUGUCGAUGUUAUUUUAUUCCACAAAAUGUAGAUGUGAUUUCGCCAGCAGCUUUGCGGUGAAAUUAUUUAAAAACUUAAUUUCUUACCUACUUAAUUUUUAUUUGCCAUCUAUUAAAAUGUUUAUGUGAAUUUAUUGUAUUUAUAUAUUUUAUUUAUUAUUUUUUAUUUGUUUUUUUGUAGUAGUUUGUAGCACUGUAAAAAAUACAGAAUUGUUCUUUUUUUUAAUAUUAAGUGUACUAUUGUAAAUACACGCCCUUCUAUUUUGUAGAUUGAACAGCGUUUUGAUUAGUUGCUCAUGUAUUAUUCAAAUUACACAAAUAUGUUUAACUGCAGUGUAUUAACACAUUUUGCAUCAAAUAAAGUAAGUAAAAAAUAUUAUUUAUUUGAUUAGAAAAUUACCCUUACUUAAAUGGAAAUUUAAAAAACUCU